GCACAGAAAACUUGUACAAUUCUUGAGUGCCUACCGCUGCUCUCUUUCUCUUCCCUUUCUGGGACUUUCCUUUAUCUUUUAGGGUUUCUGUUAUUCAAUUUGAGUAGAAAGGCAACCCAGAAAGGCAACAAUCUUUCUGCGAGGAAUAGUAGGAACGUUAGGCGCUAAUGGAGAAUUGUGCAACAGCUGGGUUACAUGACACAUUGACUUCAAGAAAAGCUGAAGAAGCAGCUGCGUGGCUUGAAAGCCUUGUGGGUCCAUUGGGCAUAUCAGGCCAUCCAUCAGAGAAAGUGUUCAUUUCUCGCUUGAGAAAUGGCUUGAUUCUGUGCAAUGCUAUUAACAAGGUUCAUCCCGGGGCAGUACCUAAGGUUGUGGAGAAUCAUACGCCUUUACAAUCACAGCCAUUACCAGCCUACCAGUAUUUUGAAAACGUAAGGAACUUUCUGGUGGCUGUUGAAGAGUUGAAAGUGCCUGCCUUUGAAACUUCUGAUCUUGAAAGGGAUACACUGGAGGCAGGAUCAGCAGCUAAGGUGGUUGACUGCAUCUUAGCACUUAAAUUAUAUAAUGAGUGCAAGCAGAUUAAUGGUGGAAAUGGGUUCUAUAAGUCUAUCAGAUCUCCCAUGGUUAUGCAUCCUGCCAAUGUGAACAAUUCUCAGUCCCUCUCAUCAGACUCUUGUAGACGCUUAGACAUGCCAGCAACAUCAGAGAAACAGCCACCUGCAAAUGUUGAAAUUCAGAAACUUUCUGAUUUCAUUGCCAAAUUGCUCAUUGAACAUAUGGCUGAUACAAAGGAAAACAUAAAUGACAACCUUCUCAUGUCCUUCCGUACUGGUAACAUGGAUAUGGAGAAGGUACUGAGCAAGAUCAUGGUCGGUUGUUUUGAGGAUAAACUUCAGAACAAUUUCCCUGAGAAUUUUUUAAAAGAAAGAAGUAAGUCACAAGCUCAUUCAACAUCAGUGCCUUCGGAGGAUUCAUCUAAAUUCAAGGAUUAUGAGUGUUGUUUGGCUUGCUUAAGAAAGGGUAACUGCAGAUCAUUUGCAGUGUUUCAAAUGCAAGAAAAGGAACUCAUGGAUCUGGAAUCCCUGUUGACAAAGACAAAGACAGAGUUUGAAGACUUACAGUCCAUGUUUCAGACAGAUUUGAGGGAGCUUAGAUACCAGUUGCAGGAGAUGUCAGCUGCUGCUCUGGAAUAUCACAGGGUAUUGAAAGAGAACAGGAACUUAUGCAAUAUGGUGCAGGAUUUAAAAGGAAACAUUCGAGUUUACUGCAGAAUUAGGCCAGCCAUUGCUGGAAAAAAAAUUAACGUGAUAGAUUUUGUUGGAAAGGAUGGUUCGCUAGUGAUCUUGGAUCCAUUAAAGCCCAGAAAAGAUGGAAGGAAAAAGUUUCAGUUUAACCAAGUAUUUGGUCCUACUGCUACCCAAGAUGAGGUAUACAAUGACACCCAACCGUUAAUUAGGUCUGUGAUGGAUGUUUAUAAUGUCUGCAUUUUUGCCUAUGGUCAAACUGGAUCAGGGAAAACAUAUACCAUGAGUGGCCUAUCAGGUGGGUCAAUCAAAGAUAUGGGGAUUAAUUAUAUGGCACUCAAUGACCUCUUUCAAAUCUCUAAGGAAAGGAAGGAGGUUAUAAAUUAUGAUAUUCAAGUUCAAAUGGUUGAAAUAUAUAAUGAGCAAGUGCGAGACCUUCUUUCAGGGGAUACAUCAGCCAUUAAAUAUCCUUUCACAUUUUUAGAGAUUUGGAGCUGCAGUGGUGACAGUGGCUUGAGUCUUCCAGAUGCUAGAAUUUACACUGUAAUGUCCACUGCUGAUGUUUUUAAUCUGAUGAAACUUGGUGAGGUGAAUCGAGUUGUCAGUUCCACUGCAGUCAACCACCGAAGUAGUCGAUCCCUUAGUGUCCUGACUGUUCAUGUGCAUGGUAAAUAUAUAUCUGGAAGCACCCCUCGUAGUUGCCUGCAUUUGGUAGAUCUUGCAGGAAGUGAAAGAGUAGAUAAAUCAGAAGUUACUGGAGAUAGGCUAAAAGAAGCAAAAUAUAUCAAUAAGUCUCUUUCCUGUCUGGGAGAUGUUAUCACAGCCUUGGCUCAGAGGAAUUCUCACGUCCCUUACAGAAACAGCAAACUCACACUUCUCCUGCAAGACUCUCUAGGUGGACAUGCUAAAACAUUGAUGUUUGCUCGUGUGAGUCCAGAAGGAGACUCUUUUGGGGAAACAAUCAGUACAUUGCAGUUUGCUCAGAGGGUAUCUACAGUUGAACUUGGUGCUGCUCGUGUAAACAAAGAGAGCAGUGAGAUUAUGCAACUCAAGGAACAGGUUGAGAACCUUAGGAAGGCACUGGCAAGCAAGCAACCAAGAUCUCUGCCGGAGAAACCAAAAGCUGUGUCCGAACAAACUCCUCCACGCAUCCGACAAACACCUUCUUUACCAAAUCGUUCCAGAAGAUUAAGUUUGGAAGGUCCAAGAUACAGUAAGAAGGAUAAUUUCCAGGAAAAAGUAGCACCAGAUGACAUAAGCAUGCCCUCAUGUUUUGAGGCGGUUACACUGCUGAAAUAUGGCCAGUCUCAAGAUCCAGAAGCAAUGUCAAAGAUGAAUGGACAUUCUUCUUUUGCCAGUUCCACGAUGCAAGUGUAUAAUCUUCCUACUACUAGAAGUCCUAGCUCUUCCCAUCGGACGCGCUCAGUCAAAACACACUGUAGGACACAAAUUCCACUUGUUCAGCUACCAACUGCACCUGAACCACAAGCAAGAAACAACAUUCAGAUCAUGAUGGAAAAUGAACUUUCUCUUACUACAGAUUUUCAGACAAAUAAUUUGAUUAGUAGUGCCAAUGGAAAAGGAUCUCAAAUAAAGAAAUCCUUGCAAACCAUUGGAAAACUGAUUAAUGGCUCUGAAAAGAGGAAUCAACAGCAUUGAAAGGAAGUACUGUCACCCAUCGAUUCCACAAGCAACAGCAACAGUGAAUUGAAGUCAUCAGGAUAAAUUUCAAUAAUUGUCCCUGAAUUUAUAUAGUUAUAACACUACAAUCCUUUAAAUUUAAAAUGUAACAUAAAACCCCUAAACUUUUAAAUUUUGUACAGUAAAAUUCCUCUGACUUUCAAUUACUUAUUUUUCAGUUAGAAACUAAUGUGAAUAGCUCCUGCAUAGCACUUAGUCAACAUUUCUUUCUCCUCUCUUAUGCAAAGUAUAAAAUUAUUCUCUUUACACAUAAAAAAUUAUUCUAUCUAUAGAGAGAAGAAGGAUUUAAUUUACAUAAAGCUUGAGAGAGAAAAGAGAAAUACUGACUAAACUCUAUGCUAGAACUGUCCAGGUCAGCGUCUAACUGAAAAACUGGUAAAUAAUUGAAGAUUGGAGAGAUUUUAUUAUGCAAAAUUUGAAAGUUGAUGGGGUUUUAUGUUACAUUUUUAAGUUGAUGGAUUAUAAUGUUACAACUAGAUAAGUUCAGGGACUGUUGUUAAAAUUUAUCCGAAGUCAUCACUUACAUCAAAUGCAAGGGCAAUGAGGAGGCAAUCGGUUACGGUCGUCGAUCUUCUCUUGGAGGAAAACCAAUCGACUCUGAUGACUCUAGAAGGAAUACCAGGACAUCCCCUCCCGACAACAAAGCAAUGGCUUUAACUCAGGACAAAGUGAAGAACAUACAGUGAAGCAAAUCUCUGUGUUCAAUUUAACUCGUUUGCCAAUGGUGGUGCUUUGGCUCGAAGCACAAGACGCUAACAUUAUGAGUUAGGAAACAUUGACAAUUGCAAGUUGAGAUUUUAUGACAUUUAUGUACAUAUGAGGAAUGUGAGAUUAGGACAAAUCACUGCAUGAUUCAUCAUUGAUGUUAUUUUGUUCCAAUGAAACUGCAGUUUCUUGUUAAGUAAAGGGUAAAUUAUUAUUUUUUCUAAUAUAAAUUCUUUAGUUCCUA